CAUUUAUGAUAAACACUGCAACUGUCAGUUUUGAUUUCAUCUUCAGCUCAGUUCUGAAUGAUGCUCAACCCCGAUGCGCUGUAAAAACAUUAUCAGGUGCGACUCUCUGAAAGUCCAUUCAACUUUACUGGGCUCUCAAACCAAAUCCCUGAAAUAAACUCCACAGGAAGAGAGGUGAGGAGAGAUCUGGACAGGCAUCACCACCAAACAGCUGAAUGCUUCUUCCAUCUGUCCUCCAGAGAACGAGGGCAUGUGUUAUUUAUAUCGGCCAGUAGACAUCAGCACGGCUAAUCUACAAAAGGCCAUCCAUCCGCGCCCCAUUGUCCAGCUGCAUUCGGGAUCCCCUCAUUGUUCUGUGCGCCUCCGUCCGUCCGUCCCGCAGCGGUCAUGGCACCCAAGAAAGCAAAGAAGAGGUCGGCAGAAGGAGCGAACUCCAACGUCUUCUCCAUGUUUGAACAGGCUCAGAUCCAGGAGUUCAAAGAGGCAUUUACCAUCAUGGACCAGAACAGAGACGGAUUCAUUGACAAGAAUGACCUGAGAGACACUUUUGCAGCUCUAGGACGGCUUAAUGUGAAACAGGAAGAGAUUGACGAGAUGCUGAAGGAGGCGUCGGGGCCGAUCAACUUCACCGUGUUCCUCACUAUGUUUGGAGAGAAACUCAAAGGUGCCGAUCCAGAGGAAACCAUCCUCAAUGCCUUCAAAGUGUUUGAUCCUGAAGGGAAGGGAAUCCUGAAGAAGGAAUAUGUCACUGAGAUGUUGACCACACAGGCGGACAGAUUCUCUGCAGAGGAGAUGGAGCAGAUGUUCACCGCAUUCCCUCCAGAUGCUGCGGGAAACCUGGACUACCGGAAUCUGGUCCAUAUCAUCACUCACGGAGAGGAGAAGGACCAGGAAUAGUUCAUUCAGUCCUCAGCCAAUCCCGGCGUUCCCUGUGUGCUCGUACCCGCCCACUGGUUUAUAAUUGACAGGCUUGAGACUGAGCUCAAAGUUACUGAAAGUUACAUAUUUCUUUUAAUGUAUAAUAUUCUGUUUGCACCUUUGGCAUGUUACCUGUCAGCAUUUACCUACAAAAAUAUUGGUAUGGGUAAAUAAAUAAAUUGACAUGAAAUAUUGA